UUCAAACAGAUUAACAGAAAGUAUAUUUAUUAAAACAAGUUGUUUUACUUGAUUUGUUCGAUUCACUACCGCACGGUACGGUAUAUUAUUCAAUGUAAAACUGAAGAGUGACAUUUAUAUUCUGCCACUGACGUCGGAUAUGUUUCAAAAGAGUACUGUACUGUUUGCUUAGUCCAGUAGAUCAGCUUAGAAUCUUAGAUGUUAACUUAGCAACGGGUGCAAUUGUUCGGCAUGGAUGUCUCAGAUUCUACUGACUGUCCAUGUGUUGGUUCAAUGGGGCUGCAUCAAAAUAACUUAUUGUACGGACAGCAAGAUAGUUUGCCUGGGAACAGUUUUACGGGACUUGGAUUUAAUCUCAGUCAAUUAAAAAGCCGCAGUGUUAUUGACGUGUUUCGCGGAAUGAGAGACAGAUAUUUUGGAAAACCGGAAAGCCAGGCACACGAACUAAUUCGAAAAUGUGGCGAUAAAGAAUCUCUUAAAGGAAUAGAAGAAGAAAAUCAAUUUGCAUCGUCAAUAGACGCAUUACCUGUUUACUGUAAACUGAUCAUUCUUUCAUUUCUGGACACACAAGAUGUGUGCAGUGUUUCAUCGGUUAAUAGUCAAUGGAGAGAGAUUGCUAAUGAUCAAAUAUUAUGGAGAGAACUUUUGAUAAGAGAUAUGUGUAAGUGGGAUAGUAUGACGAAUAAAAGUCAUCCGCUGAUUUCACAAGUUUGGAACAAUGAUGCUUUAAAAGAGUCAUCUAUUGGUAUAAGUUUUGUAAACUUAUUACAUGAACAAAGCACUCAGACUAAUUUAAGUACAAAUAAUGGGUUGGUACAAUCUCAGAAUAUGAAAAAUGAAACUGAUAAAAAAACAGAUAUUCACGCAAAAAGGGGCAUUAAUUUUAAAGCCCUUUAUAUUCAUUCAUCUUUCCAAAGAGCGCAGGAUGAUUCAGAAGAAGUGUCAUAUAAUUUGUCUAUACCUGGUUUUAUAAAAUCACUGUGGCAAGGAGGUGUUGCUCCUGAGCAGGGUGAGAUUAUAAUGACUGGUCCAGGAAUGGAUUCACCGAGAACAAGUAAAAUUUUUCGAGCUCUGAUGUGGGGCAGCAACUUUCUUGAAACGAAAGGUCUGCUGGCCGGAAAUAGAGAUGGCAUUGGAUCUGGUGUACAAUUACUUUUCAAGGAAAAAAUUCCUUUCAAUUUGAUUGCAUUAUACUCUGGUAACAAUCGUGUUAGAGAAAAUCGUGCUGGUAUGGAAAGACUUCUUCACAGCAAUGUUGUCGAGCCGGUGAGCAGUGGUGAAAAUGUUGAUGUUGGACAUCAUGAAGAACACCUUCCCCAGUUUGUUUUAUAUGAUGCUGUUCGAUUUUAUAUAGCUGAAAGAAAAGGUCAUUAUAAACUAGUUUAUGUUGUAGAUGCAACACUCAAACAGAAAUGGGAUGAUAUUGCAUGCAAUAUAUUAGAACUUUCUGCCAUUCUUAGAGGCGCAGAGUUCGAUAAUAUUAUAAAUAAUGCUCUUGGAGUUCCUAUAGUUGAUCUGGAACUGGAUGGAGCUGAUCAUCCAGAGGAACAUGGGAAUAUCAAUGUAGAAUCAAAUGCAGUGACUCCAUCAGCUGGCAGUUUGCCAUUUGCGCCAAAAAGACCUUUGUUGAUUCUUUCAUGUAUUGCGGAGCCAGAUGUUGAAAGAUUUUCUUGUAUGCAAAUUACCGCAAUGUUAGGUCUUCCUGAUGUAAGUGACAGACAAUGGAGGGUACAGGAUGUUAUUGUUUCUACAAUGCAUGGUGUAGAAAAGGGAUUGGAGUGGUUACUUCGGCAAACUUGAUAUAAUUUAGAAUAACUGAAUGAUUUUAAUUUACCUAAAUGGUAUCAGAGCAUUUCAGCAAUCUUUCUUAUUUUAUCAGAAAUAUUUGACUAUAAAUUAAACUAUUUGAUUUGAAAUACUUUCAUCUGUAUGUGAUUUUUCUCAUAUGAACCAUAUAUUUGUGCAUUUUUUAUUGCUCAAAUAGUUUAUAUUAUCCAAUCUCAUUUUUACUGUGUUUAGCCUUACAAUGAGUUCCACCACUAACAUGGACAUCUCAUGCAAAUUUAUGAAAAAACAAUCUCAUUUUUUAAAAGUGCUAACUAUUUUUCCAAUGCAAUUUUGAAUAAUAUAACAAAGUUUCAUAGGCCAUGGUCUAACAGCUGUUAAAGUAUUUUAACUCUUCACUGUGAUGGUUUGAAGAUUUUGUUUCAUGGUUUGCAUCAAAAUUUAAAAAUCCCUAGAUGUGCUGCUUAGAAUGUACCUGUCUGCUUCUAGAAUGUUCACUUUUAAUGAGAAUGUAGGAUUGUUUGGGUGAUUAUGUCUGAAGUGCCUCCCUGACUUGAGAUUGGUGAUCACCUAAUGAGAGAUUAUAAUUCAAAUGUCAUAUUGUCAGCUUGGCUUUACUGAUUUUUAUAAACCAUAUCGACUUUUUAUAAUAAUAUGUUUAUCACUCUUAUUGAAACACUAGCUUGUAUUUUUAGUUAUGGCAUCUGGUGCAGAAAAUCACACUUCGAAACUUCCAAUCUGCAAUUAUAAUAUGAUCCUGUCACAGUAACCAACUCUUCUCCUAUUGAAAAUAUUUUCUAUGCAAUUGUGAUGUUUGUAAUUGAUAUAUGAAUACUUCAGUGCUGUUAGGUACUAACAGUAGAAAAAUAAUUUGCUAUUUGGAGAUUACCAUUGUUUUAACAUGCUUAAUUUUGGCCCUUUUUCGUUGUACUUUAAGCUCUUUAUACUGUUUGGCAUGCAUCGAUAUAUACUGUUGAUUUAAUAACAAAUAUUAAUGUAUAAGAUU